AUUCUCAAAACAGCCAGCAAUGUCACUGCUUUAUGCAAGACGAACUCCGAUCUUUGCACAAUGCUACUUCAAGGAAAGCAGCUAAAAGCGUCUCAGAUUCUUCUCUCUCAGCCACCACAUUUCAGCAUUUACUGAGCCAUCCCCUUUUUAAAUUCUCCCUCCACAAAAGUGUUCCAGAGGGAAAUGGCCCAAAUGGGAACUUUCUCGGUUUCCAAAUUGCUGUUUUUCAUCUUAACAGUUUUGCUUCUGGGUUCUGAGUUAAUUCAGUGCAGCAUUACCUACGACAAGAAGGCUAUCAUCAUCAAUGGGCAAAGGAGAAUUCUCAUCUCUGGCUCCAUUCACUACCCCAGAAGCACCCCUGAAAUGUGGGAAGAUCUUAUAAGGAAGGCUAAAGAUGGAGGCUUAGAUGUUAUAGACACCUACGUUUUUUGGGAUGGUCACGAACCUUCUCCUGGCAAUUAUAAUUUUGAGGGGAGAUACAACCUGGUACGCUUCAUUAAGACAGUGCAGAAAGUGGGAUUGUAUGCUCACCUCAGGAUUGGACCUUAUGUUUGUGCAGAAUGGAAUUUUGGAGGAUUUCCAGUAUGGCUUAAGUAUGUUCCUGGUAUCAGCUUCAGAACGGAUAAUAAGCCCUUCAAGAUGGCAAUGCAAGGAUUUACUCAGAAGAUUGUCCAAAUGAUGAAGAAUGAAAAUUUGUUUGCCUCACAAGGUGGCCCCAUCAUCCUCUCUCAGAUUGAGAAUGAGUAUGGGCCCGAGAUUAAUGCACUUGGAGCUGCUGGUCAUGCAUACAUUAAUUGGGCUGCAAAAAUGGCUGUAGGACUAGAUACUGGAGUGCCGUGGGUGAUGUGCAAGGAAAAUGAUGCCCCAGACCCUGUGAUAAAUACAUGUAAUGGUUUCUACUGUGAUGAAUUCACUCCCAACAAACCUUACAAGCCUUCAAUGUGGACAGAGGCUUGGAGUGGCUGGUUUACAGAGUUUGGUGGUGCAAUUCACAAGCGGCCAGUUCAAGACUUGGCAUUUGCAGUUGCUCGCUUUAUACAAAAGGGUGGUUCUUUUGUUAAUUACUACAUGUACCAUGGAGGAACCAACUUUGGACGCACUGCUGGAGGCCCAUUCAUUACAACCAGUUAUGAUUAUGAUGCUCCAAUUGAUGAAUAUGGUUUAAUCCAGCAACCUAAAUAUGGUCAUCUGCAGGAGCUUCACAGGGCUAUUAAGCUAUGUGAACAUGCUUUAGUUUCUUCAGAUCCUGUUGCUACUUCACUUGGAGCCUAUCAGCAUGCUCAUGUAUUCUCUUCAGGGCCAGGAAAGUGUGCCGCUUUCCUCUCCAAUUUCCAUAUAAGCUCUGCUGCUACAGUGAUAUUUAAUAACAAACACUAUAAUUUACCCCCUUGGUCUAUUAGCAUCCUUCCUGAUUGCAAAAAUGUUGUCUUUAACACUGCCAGCGUUGGAGUUCAAACUUCAGGGAUGCAAAUGUUACCAACCAAGUCCAUGAUGUUCUCAUGGGCGACAUAUGAUGAGGAUAUCUCUUCCCUAGGGGAGGGGUUAACAUUGACAGCUGCUGGACUCUUGGAUCAGAUAAAUGUUACCAGAGAUAGAAGUGACUAUCUAUGGUACAUAACAAGUGUUGACAUUAGUCCAUCAGAGUCAUUUUUGCGAGGGGGACAAAAGCCCACUCUCACAGUGGAUUCAGCUGGUCAUGCUGUUCACAUCUUCAUCAAUGGACUGCUUUCAGGGUCGGCCUUUGGCACCAGGAAGAAGAGGGGAUUCACAUUUUCAGGACCAGUUAACCUGCUUGCUGGAACAAAUCGAAUUGCACUUCUAAGCAUUGCUGUUGGACUACCAAAUGUUGGACUGCAUUAUGAGACAUGGAAAACAGGAAUUCAAGGUGUUGUGCUCCAUGGUCUGGACCAUGGAAACAAAGAUUUGACAUGGAAGAAAUGGUCCUACCAGGUUGGUUUAAAAGGAGAAUCAAUGAAUUUGGUCUCUCCAAAUCUAGACUCGUCUGUUGGUUGGGUCCGAGGAUCAUUGGCUGCCCAUAGCGACCGACCUUUGACAUGGUAUAAGGCAAAAUUCAAUGCACCAGAAGUAGAUGAACCAUUGGCUUUGGAUAUGAGGAGUAUGGGAAAAGGUCAAGUGUGGGUGAACGGGCAUAGUAUAGGAAGAUACUGGAUGACUUAUGCAAAGGGUGACUGCAAUAGAUGUACUUACGCAGGGACAUUCCGACCAAUGAAAUGCCAGAGUGGAUGCAACCAGCCAACCCAGCAAUGGUACCAUGUUCCAAGUUCCUGGUUAAAGCCAACACAGAAUUUGUUAGUAGUUUUUGAAGAACUUGGUGGGGAUGCAUCAAAAAUAUCUCUUAUGAGGAGAUCAGUGACCAAUGUCUGUGCUGAUGCAUAUGAAAAUCACUCUGCUGUUGAGAACUACAGUAUUGAAAGCAAUGAUGAAUCAAAGGUGCUUCCAGAUGCCAAGGUUCAUCUGAAAUGCACAACAGGGCAGUUUCUGUCAUCUAUUAAGUUUGCUAGUUAUGGAACACCAUCUGGAACCUGUGGAAGUUUCCAUAAGGGAACUUGCCAUGCACCAAAUUCUCAAGCUGUUUUAGAGAAGGAUUGCUUAGGGAAGGAGAGUUGCUUGGUUAACGUAUCUAACAGAAAGUUUGGAGCAGAUCCAUGUCCUAACAUGUUAAAGCGGUUAUCAAUUGAAGCUGUUUGUUCCACUGCAGACAAAACCACUCAACCCGAUUCAAAGAGAUAAAAGAUACCCUUAUAUUUAUGAACAUAGUUGAUACACCAUUUUGAUCAGCUGGAGCUUGGACAGGAGCCAGGACGAAAACAAGAAUAAAGAGGUGAAGAUCCUCUGUUUCAUUAUCUGGAAACAGCAAAUAGUUAGAGGUGUUGGAUUUAGGCAGUUGUCAUUAAUUAGGUUUUGGAUGGUUGGCUUAGGAAAAGUAAUCGUUGGUGGCUGGUUAACCGCACAACCAUGUUCCAUGCUAAAGCUACAAUUCUUAGUCUUUUGGGGGAAGAUGGUCACUUGAAUAAUUCUUGAAAUGUAAAAUUAGCUACAAGGAAUAAGGUGAAGAGAGUGCUCAAUUUUAUUGUGUAAAUUUGUGAUCUAUCUCAUUACGGUACUCACUUUUGAGAGAGGAAAUGUCGGUAAGCCAUUCCCUUUCUCUUUUGACAUCAAAGAGAAAUUCAAACUUAGCAUUAAUAUAUUGUUAUAUGCAUA